AUAAAUGAAAAAGAUAGUAUGCACAGAAUGAAACUAAUGCAUGUAAAUGCUUUCAAUCAAAAUAAAUCAAGCGUAGCUGAUGGGAACGUUGUGCAAAUAAUUAAGGAAGAACCAAAAGAAAAAGAAGAACCUAUAGAAGAAGAAGUAGAAGAACCUGUUAAAAUAAUAGAGAAGGUAGCAAUCAGCGGAAUGUUCAGAGAUAAUAAACGACGUAUAGAUAUGGUCUUGGUUGUUGAAGACAAGCCAUUUGCAGAAGCUGCAGACACCUUAAAGACCGAUUUUCUAACAAAUAUUGUUAAAACAGGCUUGCAAGUCGAAGUAGAACCCGGUGUGAUGUCAGCCCAUAAAAACUUAUUAUUUAUAAAAAUUCACGCACCAGAUCGCAUAAUAACCGAAUACGGAGAAAUAUUUGGUGUUAAGAGACAUUUCGUUGAGAAUCAUCUAGAUUCAUUGAACCCCAUAUUGACUAUUAUGAAGGAUACAGAAAGGGACUGGAUAAAAUUAAUACGGAAAAAUUACUCGAAAAGUAUCGGGUACUCCUAUUUUGAAAGAAGUCUUAUAGUUUACAAGAUUCUGUUGCACCUACCUUUUGGUGACCAAGCCAAUCAUUAUGGUAUCAAUCGCUUAUUAGAAAGGAACGUAUUAUUGGACGCUUAUGCACUUCAUGAUGGUCCGUACCAUUUUAUGCCCGACCAAUCUGUUGUUGGAUCAAAUGCACGACAGAUACUGUAUUACGAAUGGUCAGGAUUUAAAAAUAUAUUUAAAAGUCAACCAUUGCACUUGAUUCAUGAGUAUUUCGGACCGAAAUGCGAAAAAUGGCGUAGAUGUCCGCAUAGAGAAUUAACUGAAUACUGCUAUUCUAUGGACAUUAACAUUCUUUUAGAUCAUCCCUACCUUGCCUACUUUUCCCUUUUCACUGUUUUGUGGGCAUUUACUUUUAUAACCCUUUGGAAACGUAAAGAAUACAUUUUAAAGUGGAUGUGGGAACUCAAUGGCGUAGAUUUAUAUUACAAAAACGCAAACCGGCCAGAAUAUGAAAGAAAUUAUAGGCAGUUAGGAAAAUCCCUUAUAACUGGAUUGGUGUAUAAUGAAAACCGACUUUAUAAAUUAUUACGUUUUCUUUUUACUAAAGGACUCGUAUUAGUUUAUCUUUGGGCGAUUCCAGCAAUGAUGAGAAAAACUAUGAUAGAACACGAUAUCUUUUACGACAAGAGCAAGAUUUGGCGACGAAGGAAGGAUAAGAGGAGGGAUUACAGAGUAUUAGCUAUGUUUCAAACAAGGAACAUACUGACAGUAUCGGUUUUGGAAAUGAUGUAUCAUGUUUUGUCUACUGUCAUAGUUCGGUUUGAAAACCAUAGCACAUACAAAGCGUAUGAGGAAUCUUUAGUUAUGAAAGAAUUUGGUUUUUCCUUUAUAUCAAUAUAUUCUUAUAUGGGAUAUAUUGGUUGGUUAGUGGACCAACUUAGAAUCUUUUUAGGAGCUUGUAUAGGCAAUGUGCGUUUAAGUCCAAUGGUAAUAGUACAUAACUUCUUGUCACGUUGGACUCAAUCGCCAUGGGAAGUAGAGAAAUAUUGUCUAAGAUAUUGCUGGCCGUUUACAUGUAUCAUCGAACUCAGCAUAUUGGUGACGGCUACGCUGCUCGUGAAAUCAGUUGUCUUUCACGCUUUAAAUUUUAUUCUAAGAUUGCGAACAUUUUUCUUUCAUAGUAGGGACGAUACAGUUCCUUGUUGGGAACGUGAAUACACUUUAAAUAAUGUGGAUGAAGGUUUUCUGUUGAGGAGAUACCACUUCCAUGCAUUUCAGUUCUGCAUGGCAACACUGUUUGUAGUGGCCUGUCCGUUAGCUCCUUUGUUGAUGUUCGUUCUAAAUUUUUUUGAGUUAAGAUACAUUGCAAGUCAAUUAAUAAUGACUAGUAGACGUCCAUUACAUAUAAGAAAACCUGGGAUAGGAGUAUGGAAUAAAAUAUUUACUUUCAUAGCAUACGCGUCAAUAAUAACCAACGUUGCUACUUUAAUAUUUACUACAAGACUUAUUUUGAGAUAUUACAUGGACCUUAAAAAAAUCCCCACGAAAAAUAUUUUCGAAAAAAUUAUCACCCGUUUAGAAACAGCCUUCGUAUAUACACCAACUUGUUACUCAAAUGAUAUAUUGAUUGACAUUCAAACGUAUUGGCCACUGCCGAGAGUCUUCUUCAAAGGUCUUCAGCCUCGCUUGUUUACUUCACCUAUGACUUACCAGCUCCAUUUAUACAAGAUGGGUUUUCUUCUUCUUUUUGUCCAUUUUACGGGAUUAUAUGCUUUUAUUAUAAAACACUUAUUUCCACCAUACAAACGGGAAAUAGAAGAGACAAAAGCUGCCGAGAGGAGGAUUAAGACACUUUACUAUCAUUACAAAAAGGUUAAUCCAAACCCAAAAAAAAAAUAGA